AUGACGAUUGAGAAAACGGUGGUUUUGAUACAAGAAUCACGAUCUACCAAUAAUCUCACUAAAAAUCUAUUUAAAGUUGAUAGGCCAUUAAAGUCACAUAACGAAAUACGUGAGAAAGAAAGAAAGCAAAAACCAUUAGUAAAACCUACAACAAGUAUCAAAGAUAUUCCAAUUCACAUACUGAAGCAAAUAAUAUCCCACACAUGUGUAAUCACAAAUAAGAGACGCAUCUCUUCGCUAAGACAAGUGUGUCGCGAUUGGAAUAUCACGAUAAAUCGCAUGAUAUAUGACAAAAUAACCCAAUUAUUCACAAAUCAUUCCCCUAAACUAACCCUUUUGAUGAGAUGUCAAAAUCACCUUGGUACAGUUAUCAACUUGGAUAUUCCACUACGACAGGGAGGCUUAAACAAUAAAUACUCUGUUGAAUUCUUCACUCGUUCUAAUCACGAGAAACCAAUAUUUGUUGAACGUUAUAGAAUUAUAGAUUUUUAUUAUGUUUUUACUUAUUAUGAUGAAGGGAAGAAAAUUUUUAGAAAGGAAAUAGAAAUUUCAAGGCUUUCUAUGAUUUCUGGAAAAAUCAUUAAUCCAUAUGUUAGUUCUGAUGUCGCAAUGAUAGAUUUAGACUUUGCUUUUCAGUAUGUACCUUAUGAACCUAUGACUUUUAUAGUGAAAGCUAUUAGCUUUAGUCCAAUUUAUGUGUUAGAUUGGUUCAAUGUUGAAUAA